GCCCGGCCACGGCCACGGCCACGGCCAUGGCGAGCGGCGGCGGCGGGGGCGCUGCGAACCCGGGCGCGGGGCUGGGCCUGGGCGCGGGCCUGGGGCUGAGCCUGGCCAUGGGUGAGGCCGCGGGCGAGGCGGACGACGAGGCGGCCACGGCCGAGGCGGUGGGCCGCCUGGCCACGGCGCUGCGGCUGCGGCUCCGCGGCUGGGAGGCGGCGCUGGCGGCGGCGCAGCGGCUGCUGGUGUGGGAGAAGCCGCUGCACAGCCUCAUCACGGCCGCCGCGCUCAACGGCCUCUUCUGGUUGCUGUCAUCGUCAUCCCUCCGGCCCAUCUUUCUGCUCAGCGUGUCACUUUUAGCCUAUUUUCUGCUGGAUCUCUGGCAGCCGCGCUGCUUCUCUGAUGUCUCAGCAUCAUCCCCUGAGGAGCCACACUCAGACAGUGAGGGUGCGGGGUCAGGCGCCCGGCCGCACCUGCUGAGUGUGCCCGAGCUGUGCAGAUACCUGGCUGAGAGCUGGCUCACCUUCCAGAUUCACCUGCAGGAGUUGCUGCAGUACAAGAGGCAGAACCCGGCCCAGUUCUGCGCCCGUGUCUGUUCCGGCUGUGCCGUGCUGGCGGUGCUCGGCCACUAUGUGCCGGGGAUCAUGAUCUCCUACAUCGUCUUGCUGAGCAUCCUGUUGUGGCCCCUGGUGGUCUACCACGAGCUCAUCCAGCGGAUGUACACGCGCCUCGAGCCCCUGCUCAUGCAGCUGGACUACAGCAUGAAGGCCGAGGCCGACGCCCUGCAUCACAAGCACGACAAGAGAAAGCGCCUGGGGAAGACGGCGCCCCCCGGUGGGGAGGAGCCGCUGGCGGAGACGGAGAGUGAGAGCGAGGCGGAGCUGGCCGGCUUCUCCCCGGUGGUGGAUGUGAAGAAGACGGCCCUGGCCCUGGCCAUCACUGACUCGGAGCUGUCCGAUGAAGAGGCUUCCAUCUUGGAGAGCGGCGGCUUCUCUGUGUCGCGGGCUACCACCCCACAGCUGACCGACGUCUCGGAGGAUCUGGAUCAGCAGAGCCUGCCCAGCGAGCCCGAGGAGGCCCUGAGCCGGGAGCUGGGAGAAGGGGAGGAGCCGGAACUGGCCCCUCGGGGAGACCUGCUGGGCCCCCCGCAGGCCUGCUCCAAGCGCGCCCUGGACUCGGAGGAGGAGGCGGCAGUGGCGGCGGCAGCCCAGGAAACCUUGCUGCGACUCUCGUCCCCCCUCCACUUUGUGAACACGCACUUCAACGGGGCGGGCGCGGCCCCCGACGGCAGCUCGCAGCUCUCCCCCGGGGUGCCCGUGGAGGGGCUGAGGCUGGCGGCCCUGAGCGACGACCUUCCUGCUGCACCCGGCACCCCGGCACCCCUCCUCAGCCGGGCCGGAAGUGACCCGGCCACCUCCCCGGCUGUGCUCCCGCCACCUCCGCCCCAGGACUCGCCCCAGCCCCUGGCCGCCCCCGAGGAAGAGGAGGGGCUCACCACCGAGGACUUCGAGCUGUUGGAUCAGGGGGAGCUGGAGCAGCUGAACGCCGAGCUGGGCCUGGGCCCGGGCCCAGAGCCCACCCCGGAGCCCGCCGCAGAGCCCGCCGGGGCCCUGGGGCCCGCUGUCCCAGCCCCUGCCCAGUCAGACCAAGAAGCUCGGGCCGGGGAAGAGCCCUGAGCCACGGACAGGGGCCUUCCUGGUGAGCGGGUUCCUGCUUCCUUUUUUCCCUGCCACUCUGGUGGGGGGGCUCUCGGGGUGGGAGGGGGAGCUGGCUGCCAUCUGGAGCCCGUCCCCACUGUGGCCCGCACCCGCCCACCACCUCCGAAUGGGAGCGCAGUCGCGCCAGGACGCGUUUUAAGCUUUUCAGUCAUUUGACGUUGGGAUUCGUGGAUGUGAACAGGGCUAGGAGCGUCCGUCCGUCCCCCUCGCCUGCGCUGGCCUUCCUGCCGCAUCUUUAUUCUUCCACUCCGCCCCGGGCCUCUGUCCCUGCCUUCCUCCUGUCCUCAGGGACCCGUGCUGCUCUGUCCUUGUGUUUAGAUCAGGCACUUUAUUGUCUCUCUCUAUCUCUCUUCCUGCGUCCUUCCCCUGCCGUGUCCUGCCCUUUGCGGUUCACCUCUCCCCUUUGCCAGCUCCUUCCCUGCGAGGCACGUCAGACCAGCACUGCGAUCAGAGCCCUGGAACCUUCCGCCCCCACGCCCCGCCCUGGUUGGGCCCAGCCUCCUGUGCGUGGUUGGGGAGGAGAGCAGGGGCUCUGCGAGCAGGAACUUGGCCUGUGGGGGAGAGGGGCUUGCUGGCCGGCCCAGGGAGGAGGACGGUGACCGUGCCUGGACCACGGGCAGGCCAGUUGUGCUGGGGACCCCCUACCCGGGUGCCAGGGGCAGGAAGGGGGGAGGGACCUCUGUGCAGGUGUCAGCAAAAUAAAGUGUUGAUUGGCUAGAUCUGCUGCCGCCUGCCUCCCUCGCUGCUGUCCCCUCCCUGCCGCCUGAAUAGUCGCCUCCUGGCUGUGGGACAGGUCCAGACCAAGGCUCACCCGAGAGCCUGACCUUGCCCUUAGCCAUCUUCCCAACCAUGUGGUGUGUCUUAGUGAGAUUUAGCAUGUGUGAAUAAAGUGUAUGCAGGAGGAAA